GUGUUAAAUUUUGACGAUCACCAAACCGUAUCGACAUGAAAUACUUUAAUCCUCUGAUCCUCUUCUCGACUCUCGCCCUUGCCCCAUCUGCAUUGGCGGGUCCUUUUACCUACGGAGUUUGUCAAACAGGGUGUAACGUCGUGGCCGUAGCAUGCUACGCCGCAGCCGGAUUUACGUUCGGUACCGUGGCAGCUGUGGGGGCCCCUUCGGCCAUUGUCGCAUGCAACAGUGCCCUCGGAACCUGCUCUGCGGGUUGUGCAGCACUUCUCAUCGCUCCCGCUCCCUGAAUCGUAUCCCGACCAUCUGAUGGAACAUGGAGGACACAUGUCUGUUGGAGCCGAUAUGUACUUCCCAUCCUGUCCACAACUCACUGUAUCUUCGGCUGUCACGCGCUUUUCACGUUGUACGAUCCCAUGUUGUCUUAGUCUGUCAUAUAAUUCCAACUGUGGUAAUCCAAACAACUCCAAACAUGGAUACACAAGUGCGGAAGCUUUGGACAUUACAUGCGACUCUUGCAACAUUUCAAGAAGCUGUCAAGCUGCGUGGUCCCCAGGAUGCGAUUUUGGCCAUUGCAAGGGAAGCGGUGUAAUGACACGCUGGCAGCUUCGCAAAGCCCCAAU